CAAAGAUUUGAGAAGGUUUGGUACGAAGCAGCUGACUGAUCUAUAUUGACGACCGUGCCCUGGCCGUCCCAAUUGUCUGUACCGGCUCUACAGUCUACCAUGCUUCCUUUCCCAGGUCUCCGACUGGAUACAUGUCUAUGCCGUGCCAUAUUGACGAAGAUUACCUUUUGUCGGGAAAGUGGCUCGAGGUGACGGCUCCAGACGAGGGCAGUCAAUGCAGCGAAUCUUUGGACUGCUGAAGAGCCUUGAAGAUGAGUGAAGAGGCUUCGGAGCAAACAAUACGAUCCGAGAUUGAGCCCGCCCUUCCGCUUCUAGCCGGGCCAACACGAAGUAUACAAUGAACUUCAAAGAAGACAAUAUCCAUGGUAUAGGGCUACAAAGAAUGUGCGGCAAACCUGCUUGCAACUGGUCUCACGUUAGUAAGGCAUCCUUACAGUACAAUGUGAACAAGGACGACUACAUCAAACGCAACAAUGACGCGCCCAAGAAUCAAUGCCAUCCUGAAACUGAGGAAAAGGGCCAUUAUACUUGCAAAGAUCUCUUUGAUUCUCAUUGAAAUGGCUUCUUCUUUGUUACAAUGUCUAUAUAGAGGUGUUUAGAUCCCUGUCUGACUGGAACAUCAACAACAGCUUCACCAAACAUUGACUAUUGUCGACUACUGAUCAAUUUUCAUUCUCCUCAACCAGUGCAGCUGAAAACAAUCAAAACACCGUCAACAUGUCUUCAAACCAGCUUGUACCAUACACACUCACCGAACCUUCUCCGGACCCGUCUUGUGCGCCCCCUCAGCGGACCCAACCAACCCCUGACAAAUGCUCUAGUCUGUCUAGUCUGUGCGAUGAGUGCAGACUCCAAUAUGGAGAGGUUUCACGCGACGUAAAGUCAGGUUACCUGGUCUGUCCAAAAGGCAGUUACCCUGUCAUCCUUACAUUCGAGUUCUUGGGCACACCAUACAAAGCUCGCGAGCUGGUCGAGUACUUCCACGGGCGAGUGGCCAAGAUGUUCAACUGUGAAGAUAUGCCUGUUUAUGGUGCCGUCAAGAGAUUACCAAACGGCACUGAUGGGCCAGGAUCAUGGCUUGACUUGACAACCCCAGGCGCUAAAUUCGCCAAAGCUUUCAAGCCCAAUAAGGGCUACUUCACAUUGCCUUCAUUCGAGGAUGCUAUCGAUGCGGGGUUGCAAGCAGAGUAUUCCAAGGUUCAUAGCAAGGUACGUCAGGUCUCUAUCCUAGCUGAUAUCCCCUUUACGAUUAGUCCUGGCGGAGAAAUCGAAACGAUGAUGGUGAGCCAGAUUCUCCCCAAAUGGGUUGACAAGAAAGCAAUGCAGCAUCCUAAUGCUGGUCAUCCCUCUUUGCACCGCUUGAAGUGGUGGGCAGAGACUCAUCCUCAUGCUGAACCCAAAGAGCCUACGAGACGGACUCUCAACCCCGACCCAUGGCAAAGGACCAACGUCCAGGUGAGGAAGAAGAAACACUAGCUUCUCUGUAAGAUCAG